AUGUCUAUGUUUUUGUUAGAAAUAUCUGCUUUCAAAUGUUUUAUUCUUCCCCAUUCAGGCUUUAACAGAUGGUGGCAACUCCACACAUUCCAUGAUCACAGCAGUAAAAGAUUUGCCAAGCAGAUCGAAAACCUUCGAUGCAGUGGACCUGUAUUUGCCAAAUUUAAUCGGAUUACCAGUCGGAACCUCGAGGUAGACUUCUUUGAGGCUCUGGGCCAGCACACCCCACGUUUCAUCCAACUGUUCAAGUCAAAAAAAGGAUCGGUGGGACAGAAACUGCAGAGCAUCAACUGGCCGACACCGGACGUGACUGAACAGCGCUCUGUUGUCCUCAAAGGCAUUCCGAUUGUUCUUGGCGACGACUCCAAGGAUUUCUUCAAGACAUGCUUUGAUACAACGAGAGAUGAGGCCCCAUCAUCCGUCACUGUUGGUGUGCUGACUGUUCUUAGCGAAGACAGUCCUCAGGAGGGUCCAAGCUCAAUCCACCUCGAACCCAUCUCCACUGACAUUGUGCUUGAGGGAGGUAUUGUCAUGGAAAAGACAAAAACUUUCCACAGGCCUGUUAUUUGGCCUGAUAUAUGCUUUGCAUUUAGAUCACCCAAAAUGCAUGGCAAAUACUCUGAGGUUCGUUCAAACAGUGAUGCUUGGACUAGGAACCAAAGCUCUCUCACCUAAACUAUUAACUUUGAGAAACGCUCUACUCGAUUAGACCUUAGUCAAGAUAGUCAUCAACUAUCAGAUAGAACUUGGCACUUGAAAAAGUUGCACCGUUAAAUGUUAUGACAAAAGUUUGUUACUCUGGGGAAACUGUUAUAACUCUGUCAAUUGUUGAGAGCAAAGUACAAUGUACUCUUCUUCAUAGUGGUCAUUAUAUAUUUUUUAUUUUUACAAUUGGUGUGUUGUGCACUGCUGUUUUUAUUAAGAUAAGGGUUUUGAGUACUUAAAAAGCACUGUUU